AUGUGGCUGAUGCGGAUCUUGCAUUUGCUGGGCAUAAUGGCCCUGUUUCCACUUUUGGGUUACUUCGGAGAAAGUGUUGACGGGAGCGAUCUGAGCUACGGUGAUUUUUACGGCAAUGCCAGUGCCCGAAUGCUUCGAUUUCGCGACUUCGAACCGCGUCAGCAAAGUGGAAGAAUGGAUAUGGAAAUCAGUGUGGAGGAAGCUGAUAAUAACAAGUUGGAACGCGAGGGUCGUGGCUUCCAUUUCCAUGCCAGCGGCGAGGAUGUCAGUGUGGAGCUGGAGUUCAUCGUGCCGUUCCUUAAGGUACCCGUAAAGAGGAGUAUGAAUCUGGCUAGAGAUGCUGUCCAGAACAUCCUGAAUCUGCGAACUGGAGCUAUCAUAAACACAGCUGUUGUUGUGGCUGCCGGAGCUGUGAUUGCAGCGGUGGUCCGGUUGCUUUUAGCGCCUUUAGUCAUUACAUCGAUUGGGAAUGGUUAUGGCUACAAAUCUGGUUCAGACAGAGGGAUGCGCCGGCUGACUGAUGUCGUGGAAUCACAGCUGGAGGAGCAUAACAUCGACAUGUCUGUCUGUGUCCAGCGGAUGAUCUGCCAGUACUUGCAGCAAAACUUGUCUUCCGGCUAUGCCAGGGUUCUAAAUGUGUUGACAAGCUCCUCCUGGCUGCAUUCCUUUGUCGAUGGAACUGCAGUUUUCCAUGCCAUCCAAUCAGCAAGGAGCAGUCGCAGUUGCACUCUCACCUAUCGCAGUUGCAGGUGGAAAUCGGGAGGCUUGCCACAGAUAAAGAAGUUUUUUAAUGGAUAA